AUGACUUUGAUGAGGCUCUUUUGCUCCUUCUGUGCAGAAGUCUCUCAUUACCCAACCUCUGCAUCCUCACUAUCCGAUAACACCCCUGUUGGUUUCACUAUCGGUGUACCCGCCUUCCGUCGCCAGUUUGGUGACUUCAUGGACGACCAAGUCGGAUAUGUUAUGAAAACAGACUGUAGUAGUGCCUGGGGCGGCGCUGGUGUCGGUAUGCAGACGGUCGGCGCUGCCUCGUCAGGCUACGUCGCUAAUAAGUUCGGUCGCCGCUGGACUUUAGGCAUCUCUGCUAUUAUUGUCAUCGUGUCUCUAGUAACAUUUUUUGAAAAAUUUAGCCUUCGGCGUAGUCUUAAUAGUAGCUACGUAUAUAGAGAAUCUACACGCUACCUGCACAAUAGUUUUUGUUUAACAGUAUACUACAAUCUAAUCACAUGA